UGAAUUGCAGAUAGAGGUGGAUCUUAAUCAACAGAAUGAAAGACAAAUUAAUCAACUGGAGCAAGAUUAUUUCCGGUGUGAACAAGAAAUUCAUGAUCUCAAUAAGGAGAUAGAGCGACUUGAAAAUGCUUCAAAAGAAGAGAUAGUAGAGUUAAAAUCUGAAAUCUCUACCCUAAAAAGUCAGCUAUAUCAAGCUAGGAAAGAUGUGCGAGAUAAGGGAAAAUAUAUUUCUA